UUUCCUGCUGGGUUGUCUGUAUUUUGAAAGAGCUCUCGGUGUGCCUUCAUUGCUGUUUGGGCCUCAGAGUAGCCAUGUAUCUGGCUUUAGGGAUCCCCUGGUUUCCCUGAAGCCAGGCUGAGUGCGAGUCAAGACAGGUCAGCCCAGAGUAAGAGGAAGGCUAGGGCCCCUCCCGUUCCAGCAACCUGCAAGGAUGAGUGGACUUCCUCCUACCAGCUCGCAGAAAGCCAGGGUGACUCACAGAAGCAAACGUCUAGGUCUCUCGUAUGUGCAGAGGUCCAAAGUCGCCCGACGAGAGAACCAGCCAGAGUGGAUCAAGAGCUGGGAGACCCAUGCAAAUGAGGCUGGCCCCCAGCAACCUGGAAGCCAGGGCGGAAGUGAGAAACCAAAGCACCCGCCUGGAGACUGCUGAGAGAGGAGGAGGAGGCUGGCUGAAGCUGGUGAGGACUAGGAAGAGGGUCUACCAGGACAUCCCCUGUGGGGUUCCCCUGCAUGUGAUCGGAGGAUGGCCGAGCCACAGGGCCAGGAACUCACAGCUGAGUGUCCCGUCUGCUGGAACCCCUUCAACAACACGUUCCACACCCCCAAAGUGCUAGACUGCUGUCACUCCUUCUGCGUGGAAUGCCUGGCCCACCUCAGCCUGGUGGCCCCGGCCAGGCGGCGCCUGCUCUGCCCACUCUGCCGUCAGCCCACCGUACUGGCCUCAGGGCAGCCGGUCACUGACUUGCCGACAGAUACUGCCAUGUUGACCCUGCUCCGCCUAGAGCCCCACCACGUCAUCCUCGAGGGUCACCAGCUCUGUCUCAAGGACCAACCCAAGAGCCGUUACUUACUGCGUCAGCCUCGGGUCUAUACCCUGGACCUUGGCCCGGAGCCGGGGAGCCAGACCGGCCCCCCUCCGAACACAGCCCCCGACGCCAGGCCUGUGCCCAUCCCCAGCCACUACUCUCUCAGAGAGUGCAUCCGCAACCCUCACUUCCGGAUCUUUGCCUACCUGAUGGCCGUCAUCCUCAGUGUUACCCUGCUGCUCAUCUUCUCCAUCUUUUGGACUAAGCAGUUCUUUGGGGGCAUGGGGUGAGCAUCCUCUGUGCCAGCCCAAGGAACCACGCCUUUCUCUGUGGUGGCUGCCGUGGGGACUACCGAGCCGCCUUCGACGUUGUCCGUCUGUGUGGUAUUGCUCAUUGGACAGCCCAGGGAUGGGUUAGGUCAUGUGUCUGCUUUGGAGAACAGAGACCAGGAAGUGAACUGUGGGGGCAUGGAGUGUAGAGGAGCAGUUCUGUGGCCCCGUGGUCCCACAGCAAGCUGUGCCAAAGGGCUGGACAGCACUGUCCAGACCGACCAGCUGAGAUGGCUUGCAGCACCCACCACCGGCACUGCGUUGAGCUGUUCGUGUGUUGUCGAGUUCUGCAGUGUUUGGGUUUGUGGGCCAACGCACUUGGCUCCCCUUUCAGCCUUUCUGAUGCUCGCCACCCUUCCCAGUAAAAUCAGCCUGCAUUCCUUUAA